UCAGGGAAAUUUUUCUGUUUUUGAGGAUUGAGAGGAGUUAGAAAUACAACUUAUUUUAACAUGAAAAUAUACCGUAUUUGCUGAUGACUGGAUUAUGCUCUGAAAUGGGGCUGAACCAUUCAAAGUUAAACCAUAAGGUCAGGAAGGUGGCACCUCUGGAAAGCAAGGACAUGUAUGUAUCACCAACCACUAUCCCCUCGGGAGUUAUUGGACUUAACAGCACUUCUUCUUCCUGGACUAUGGGUCAUAUGGCUCCAACAUCUGAACGCCAGCUCCCACCGUUGAGAGAAACCGUGUAUGGAAGAGGUUCAGUAGUACCCAGGCCCCUUUCUUUUGAUGUUCCUCUGGACAAUGGAGACACAUCUAGCAUUAUUAAGAAGCACCCACCACGAAGGCUCCAAAGACUAGAACCAGCUGUUCUGCCUUCAAUAUUAGCUACUGAGAAGAUUAUGGCCAAGCAAAUAGUUACUGCUGCGAGAAAGGAGCUGGAGCUAGAAAAAAAAGUUACAACAGCCAAAAACUCUUCGGGAAGGAGGCAGCAUAUUCACAAGAUGCAGAUGGAAGAAAUAAACCGCAAGAGAGAACAGAUGAAUCAUCUGCAGUCGCAGGAAGAAGAGAAAUGGAAUAUCCACAGGGAAGUCAAGAUCAAUAAACACAAAAUGAAGGAAAUCAAAGCUAAGAAAGUGAGAGAAAAUGCAAUGAAAUGUCGUGAAGAUAAAGAUUUCCUUCCUGUGGAACCUGAUAAAACUUUCAAUGUAGAUAAUGGCAACACAUGGCACUGGAAUGUUCCGGAACUCAGUUCCACUCCCCAUUGUUAUCAGGGGAAAGGCAAGUUAGAGAUGUGGUUCCAGCCUCAUUACGAUGAAAGUGAGUCGAAUUAUAACAGCUCAAGUACAGAUUCACUAGAUAGUUGGACAAGAGAAGAAACCAAGAGUCAUCGAAGACCAGCCACCUUGUUUCGGACCCGGACUGAAAAAAUUCCUACAUUGGAUGAUUUCUACGAUCGUGAAUUUUAAAAAUGUUUUUCACUUAAUUGACUAAGUAACCGCUCUGAGUAAAAGUGACGCACUGUCAUACCUAGGGGUGCCUGAGGGGGCAGUGCAUGAUACAAGGACUCUACACUAUAAGAAUCUGUAUGUUAGGUUACACCCCACAGGCCCUGCACUAGGCAUAGCACAGAGGGUAAUUUUUGCCUGGAGUGUUACUUUAAAGUGUCCCUCUCAUUAUAAAAAACAUUUCACAGGGACAUUUCAUUCUAACAGGGCUCUAAAUCUCCUUUGGACCAUGAAAAUAUAAAGGGAGUGUGGAGCCUAAAUAUCUUACUUACUUAUGGUUUUCUGACCAAGGAAAUUAUCUUCCUGUAUUUUGUUCUGUAUUUAAGUAUAUGGCACACUGGAUGGUAUACUCGAGCUGACCUGUUGAGUUGAUUUAUGACUUGCAUUUACUUUGUAUGUUGUUUAUUAGUGAUGAGCGGCAGGGGCCAUAUUCAAAUUUGCGAUAUUUCGCGAAUAUAUGGAGGAAUAUUUGUCCUAUGUUUGCAAAAUUCGCAAAUUUGCUAUGUUGGCUGUCUUUUUUUCCAUGCAAAAAUUCUUAAUGAAAUUCGCAUAUUGCGCAUGCGUGAUUAUAUCUUUCACCUAACAGAAGGGAGGGAUCAGUGUUCUCUGACUGGAAAUGCCAAUAUUCGUGAAUAUUUGCAUAUUCACGAAUAUUUGCAUAUGUUCGCAAAAAAAAAAUAUUCGUCAUUAUGAAUAUAUAUCACUAUAAUCUAAAUAUUUGCGAAAUUACAAAGUGCCGAUAUUCGCAGUAAAAAUUUGCAUUUCGAAUAUACGCCCUCAACACUAUUGUUCAUCUGAGCUUCCUCUCUUCCAUUUGGCCAAGUUGUCCAACUUGUCUGCUCUGAAGUGGACAACUGACUGUUCUUAAAGGGGAUGACCAAUUCAGAAAAUCUAUUUUUCAUUAUCUUUUGAGAAUUUUGAAGGGGAUCAUCUAUAGCUUUUCUGGAAGACCUGUUGACGAUAAGCAAACAAUUGUUUUCAAUGGCCACUGUGUAAUGCUACAUUUCCCCAAGUGUUGCUGCAGAGAAAUUGAAUACAGACUGCCAUGCUUCCCCAGAGAUUAUAGCCCAUUGUUGGACAUUCCAUCAUGAAGAUUCCCUAUGAUCAGCCUUGUUUAACAAGAGGGAAUUUUCUAAAGCAGAGACUGCCUUUAAGUGGAUGCCUGUGGUUAGACACAAUCCAUUGGGACAAAUUCUUGUGGAAGAAAUGCCUCAGACAGAUACAAAUUAGGCUACGUUCACACUGCCGGCUGUUUCCGGCAGCGUGAAGCCCACUAUUUUAGGAACAAGAAAAGCCGGAGAAAAAAUAGUGCUUGCACCGUCUUUUUCUCAGUUUUUUCUCUCCAAAAAUAACAGCUAUUGAAUACAAUGGGGUCCAUCGGGACCUGUUAUUUGCCAGUAUGCUCCCGCAAAAUUACGGCCGGCAAAAUGCGAAAAAUAUAUAUAUAAAAAGAGGGAGUUUGAUGGUCGAAUUUGCCGGAGCAUACCGACAGUGUUAAAGGGGCCUAACCAGGCACAGUCUCGACUCUAAAGCCACCAUAGAUCUACCUGUUCAGUGUAGGA